AAAGUUGUUGCUGUUGAUGCAGAGAUGAAUAUCUUCUAUGAGGACAGUGUGCAUUUUGACAGAGAUCUUCCAGAGUUUGGGACUCAGGGUGGGGUGCAUGUGCACAAGGAUGGGCUGACAGUCACCUCUCCAGUCCUGAUGUGGGUCCAGGCUCUGGAUGUCAUCCUGGAGAAGAUGAAGGCUUCGGGUUUUGACUUCUCGCAAGUCCUAGCCUUGUCUGGGGCAGGCCAGCAACAUGGGAGCAUUUACUGGAGUGCUGGGGCCAGCCUGGUGCUGGCAAGCCUAUCACCAGACCUCCCGUUACACCAGCAGCUGCAGGCCUGUUUCUCCCUCAGUGACAGCCCGGUAUGGAUGGACUCCAGCACCACGACCCAGUGCCGCCAGCUAGAAGUCGCUGUUGGGGGAGCCCAGGUGCUCAGCUGCCUGACGGGGUCCCGUGCCUAUGAGCGUUUUACAGGCAACCAAAUUGCAAAGAUUUACCAGCAGAACCCUGAAGUCUACUCAUGCACGGAGAGAAUUUCUUUGGUCAGCAGCUUUGCCGCCUCCCUCUUCCUCGGCUCUUACUCGCCAAUUGACUUCAGUGACGGUUCUGGAAUGAAUUUGUUGCAGAUCCAGGAGAAAGUCUGGUCCCAGGCUUGCCUCAGCGCCUGUGCCCCUGAUUUAGAGGAGAAGCUUGGCCCACCAGUGCCAUCUUGCUCAGUGGUGGGGGUCAUUUCUUCCUACUACAUCCAGCGCUACGGAUUUGCCCCUGGAUGCAGAGUGGUGGCCUUCACUGGGGACAACCCAGCAUCACUGGCAGGCAUGAGGCUGGAGGAAGGUGACAUUGCGGUCAGCUUGGGCACCAGCGAUACCCUGUUUCUCUGGCUUAAGGAGCCCGUGCCUGCCCUAGAAGGCCACAUCUUUUGCAACCCAGUUGAGACACAGCACUACAUGGCACUCUUGUGCUUUAAAAAUGGUUCCCUCAUGAGAGAGAAGAUCCGUGAUGAGUCUGCUUCCCGUUCCUGGAACGAGUUCUCUAAGGCGCUGCGGUCCACAGAGAUGGGGAACAGUGGAAACCUGGGUUUUUAUUUUGACGUAAUGGAGAUCACCCCUGAAAUGAUUGGAUGUCAUAGAUUUAAUGCAGAAAACCAUGAAGUUCCAGCAUUCCCUGGAGAUGUGGAGAUUCGAGCAUUGAUCGAAGGACAAUUCAUGGCCAAGCGAAUUCAUGCAGAAGGCCUGGGCUAUAGAAUCAGUGCUUGCAGAUGUGUUCGGUGCCCCAGUGUAUGUCACAGACACUGCCAACUCUGCCUGUGCGGGUUCUGCAUACCGAGCUUUUCACGAUUAAACCCACGGCUUUUGGAGGCUCAGCUCAAACUUGUGAUUGUCCUGCCUCAGCAUCCCAGAGUGUUGGGUUACAGGCCUUGCAGGUGGAACAGAUGUGGCCUUUUCAGAGGUUGUGAAGUUAGCCCCAAAUCCCACACUGGCUGCCACGCCAACUCUGGAAGCUUCUCAGGUCUAUAAGGCCCUCCUCCCCCGGUAUGCCAGCCUUGAGCAGAAAAUUUUGUCCCAGACCUACGGCCAUCUGGAAUGAAUCCUGCAGGCCCAACCAUCUCUGCCUGCCCAGACUCACUGAUCUGACGUGGAGAUGCGGCCCUGAGCCACCGGCAUUUCCUUCCUGCUUCCAGGAGUACCCAUGCCUGCCCAUGUGGACUUCUCAGCAUGCUCCUGCCCUGUCCAGGACCAUCUGACAUCCAGCCUCAUCACAUCUCCCUAAAGACAUUUGGUCUACCUUAACCCUGGUGCAGGAGAACAUCUCUUCCCUCCUGUCUGUUAUCUCAGGAAGCAGGAUAACAUCAAGCCUGGGCUAUGUCCACUACAAAUCGUGACUUUUCUCAUUUCAAAGACAGAAUGAAUGCUGAUCUCGGGACCACAGUCAGCAGAAUGGGGAGACAGUGCCCUCCUCCGGCCUCUGGCCUCAGCCCCGACUCUGGCCGUUCAGCUCCAAGCCCUGAACCAUAGCCACUUCAUUCCCAUGUUACCUUGACAGUGCUUUCCAGCUUCUGUCACAACCCAACCCAGACCCUUCAGCCACUUCUGCCCCACACGUGGCCCUCCCGGCCAUUGAUCCCCUGCUCAUUUCACUGUGUGCAGUGCUCUCCCAGGUCCUCUUCUGUCUGCCUGUGCUCCCCUCCAUGCUCUCGGCCUUCUCUCUUCGUGGCACCUUUCCUCCUUCCCUUGUUGAUCUCUCUCCCCUCCCACACCCACCUGCUGUAACUCACCGCUUCCCACCACACCCUUCUGCCCACCCUCAGCUCUGCCCAAAGACAGCCUGUGCCAUCCCAGGUGCCUAGGGCUUUCAUCGCUCUCUCUUUGCAGUUCACUUAUAGAUGAAAAUGUGUCAUUCUUCUGGGAGAAUUUCUUAAAUUCUAGGUUUCUUUUUUUAUCUUGGAAUUCUUUUAUCAGAUGAAAAGUUGUGAUUCUUAGUUUUGAUUGUCUUCCUAUGUUUGUAUAGAUGGUGAUGAGUUCGUUCUUCCUUCCUCUUAUCCCUCCUUUUUUAGUUCAUCCUCUCUCUUCCUUGUUCACAUUUUUGCAAAAGCUUUCAUAGAGAGUCCUCUGUGAUCUAGCAGAAUUCUCAGGCCCUCACUGAACUUGAGACUCCAGUUAAAUCAAACUAUUUGUAGUCUCAUUCAGCAGGGCAAGAUGGUACAGACAGGUCUGGAACCUAUUGGAUCAGAGCAGUGGCCGGUGGAAAGUGAAAAAGAAAGGUUUGGACAAUGAGUUGGACCAGAAUAUCACUUCUGAUGGUGAGGAAGCCAUUUUGAAAGGGAGUGGUGUCCUUUGGAGGAUUGGUGGAGGAAAGAGGGAAGAGGAAGCAAGAAGCCAAAGAGGACAGCCUAUCAGAUAAAACAGGAAGUCCAAAAUUCAACUUAUCACCUCCUGGACAUUACUUGUUAAAGACAUUUAUAUCACUGACCAACAAGAAGGGGCUCUCUUGGACCAUGAAAAAAUCAAAUUGUAGCACAGCUCUCCAACUUGAAUUUUAAAAUAAAUCAAAUGAUUGUGGAAAUGAAAGAAUACUGUAGGUCAGAAAUUCAAAAAUGUGCAAUGAAAAUAAAAAAGCAGGGCCAGGGAUUUAGCUCAGUGGUUCUGCAGGCU